AUGACCUCUGAGUCCAUAGUCAUGCAACAGCUUUCCAGGCUUAGGUCCAGGCUGCUCCUUCCUCUCUCAGAAAAGAAAAGGGACUUGCCUCAGCUUGUCACUUGCUUUCCACAGAUCAGCUCUUAUGAGGCCAAAAUACUGUUUGUGAAGAAUGGCAAAUAUAAGACUGGUGUGUAUGAAGACCCCAAGCCGCAUGAUUAUAGGCAGUAUGAAGCUAAUUUACCAAAUCUUGCGACAAGUUACUCCAGAGAUCCUUUAAAUCUGAAGUUAAAAUCACAGCAUUUAAACAUAGAUCCUGGACUUGAACCACUGAAAGGAAAGCAAAAGUACUCUGACAGGAGAUAUCUUAUAUACAAACCUUGUGAAAGCAAAUGGGAUCCACAGCUGCUACUGCCAAGGAAUCCCUGGCCACCUAAAUCUGCUUCAUUUACAAGGCACAAACGGCAGCAUGGUGCUCACACUGCGUUCUUGGAUCGUGUGAAGGAAAAGCUGUGCUGGCUGAAGCAGGGAGAGGCAGGCAGAGAUGAACCCCAGCCUAAACAGCAUGGUGCUGAGGAGAAAGCAGUGUGA